AGAGAGAGAGAGAGAGAGAGAAGAGAGAGAGAGAUGGAGGAUCUCGUGGAAGAAGAGAAGGGAGGAGAGGAGGUGUUAGGUUCGAGCUUGACGAUGGAGAAGGUAGCUGCAGCUAAGAAGUUCAUAGAGAAUCACUAUAGGGCUCAGAUGAAGAACAUCCAAGAGAGGAAGGAGAGGCGUUGGGUUUUAGAAAGACAAUUAGCUUCUUCAGAUGUGCCAAAUGAGGAACGUGUUAACUUAAUCAAAGAUUUAGAGAGGAAGGAGACUGAAUAUAUGCGAUUGAAAAGGCACAAGAUUUGUGUUGACGAUUUUGAGAAUUUGACCAUCAUUGGAAGGGGGGCCUUUGGAGAGGUUAGACUGUGUCGGGAGAAGAAAUCUGGAAACAUUUAUGCCAUGAAAAAGCUGAAGAAAUCUGAAAUGCUGAAGAGAGGCCAGGUGGAACAUGUUAGAGCUGAGAGGAACUUACUAGCUGAAGUUGCUAGUCAUUGCAUUGUGAAACUUUACUACUCAUUUCAGGAUGCUGACUACUUGUAUUUAAUUAUGGAGUACCUUCCCGGGGGUGAUGUGAUGACGCUAUUGAUGAGGGAAGACACGUUAAGUGAAGAUGUUGCCAGAUUUUACAUUGCACAGAGUGUUCUAGCCAUAGAGUCUAUUCAUAAACACAAUUACAUUCACAGGGAUAUUAAACCAGAUAACCUUCUCCUGGAUAAAAAUGGACACAUGAAGCUCUCAGAUUUUGGCCUCUGUAAGCCUCUUGAUUGUACUACCCUGUCUACACUGCAUGAAAAUCAAACUAUGGAUGAUGAAAAUGUGGCAGAGCCCAUGGAUAUUGAUGGAUGUUUUCCUGAUGCGGACAAUCGGAGCAGCUGGAGAAGCCCACGUGAACAGCUUCAGCAUUGGCAGAUGAACAGGAGGAAGUUGGCAUUUUCAACAGUGGGGACACCUGAUUACAUUGCUCCUGAAGUACUUUUGAAGAAGGGAUAUGGAAUGGAAUGUGACUGGUGGUCAUUAGGAGCAAUAAUGUAUGAAAUGCUAGUUGGUUAUCCUCCAUUUUAUGCUGAUGACCCAAUAACUACAUGCAGAAAGAUUGUUCAUUGGAGAAAUCAUUUACGAUUUCCAGAAGAUGCACGCUUGACACUUGAAGCCAAAGACUUAAUCUGCAGGCUGCUGUGUGAUGUUGAUCAUAGGUUAGGUACUCAAGGGGCACAGGAAAUCAAGGUUCAUCCUUGGUUCAAGAAUGUGGAGUGGGAUAAACUAUACCAAAUGGAGGCAGCAUUCAAACCUCAAGUCAAUGGGGAGCUGGAUACCCAAAACUUCAUGAAGUUUGAUGAGGUAGAUCCACCAACAGGAGCAAGAACUGGAUCUGGAUCCUCCCGGAAGAUGCUUUUGACUCCCAAAGAUCUAAACUUUGUUGGGUAUACUUACAAGAACUUUGAUGCUAUAAAAGAAGGGCUUAGGCAGUCUCUUGGUGAUUCCAUGCAAGAUUAUGCUUCUAAACGGGCAGCUGAGGAAACAGGUUUGCAAAUGCUGGCAACAACAGGAGAUCCUAUGCUACCUUAACUCAGAAUUUCACAACAUUCAAGUUGAAGCCAAUCUUACUGAGUUUUUGUGCACCUGCUUUGGCUCUAAAUAUUUGGCCAAGAGCAUCCCUUUCUUACUGUACAGCAAGUAGUUGAACAGCUUUGUCAAAGCUUGUAGGGCAACAUCCUCUUUGUGUGUGUGAAUUUGAAUUCUGAAAAUUAGGAAGAGUUGUGCAACUGAGUGCUCCCUAUCCUGGCUGCCCAGGUUGGCUGUGGAAGAAUUAUUGCCUUCUCUAGUGGCAGUUGCUGGUUAAACUCUUUAGUUAUGGACAUAUUACUAAGGAACCAUGACCAAGAAGAAAGCAUCCUGAUAAAAAAAAUUAUUCCAUGUGAUGUGUACAUUUAUUGGAAGAUAGCAGGCAUUUUUAACUACAAAAAAUGGAACACUAUGCUUGUGGGAUGGAUUAUGAACGUUGUCUUUUAUCUGUUCAGCUGUCUUGCCCUAAUACCCUUCACAUUGUUGUACUAGUAUCUAUUUUAUGUUGCAAAUGUGCUAUUUUAGUGAUGUUAACAUGAUUGUGCCUUGGUGAGUGACUAAUGCUUAUAUGAAUACAAUUACAAUUUACAAGCAUCUUUUUUGUUUA